GUUGGAGGAACGUGGCUGCUGCUCAGGGAGCCGCAGGGGAGGGCGUGCCGAUCUCUGAUCUCCCAGAGGGCUCUGAAAUCAAGCUCUCCGCUUGUGUUUGUCUGUUACAGAUGGAGCUCCCGAAGGGCUUCUCUGGCCAACGGACAUGCUUAUCUGCCGUCCUCAACGUGCUAUCACUCAGCCUCUCCACAACAUCCCUGCUCAGCAACUACUGGUUUGUGGGCACACAGAAGGUGCCCAAGCCCCUGUGCGGGAAAGGUCUGGCAGCCAGGUGCUUUGACCUGCCGGUGCCCUUGGAUGGAAGCAGCAGCAAUGCAUCAGCCCAGGAGGUGGUGCAAUACAGCUGGGAGACUGGGGAUGACCGCUUCACCUUCCAUGCCUUCUGGAGUGGCAUGUGGCUAUCCUGUGAGGAAAUCGUGGAAGAACCAGGGGAGAGGUGCCGAAGUUUCCUUGAACUCACACCACCAACCGAGAGAGGUGAGAAAGGACUACUGGAAUUUGCCACGUUGCAAGGCCCAUGUCACCCCACUCUCCGAUUUGGAGGGAAGCAGUUGAUGGAGAAGGCUUCCUUCCCCCAUCCUCCCUUGGGGCUUGUGGCAAAGAUCCUGUGGUUAUCGCUGGGAGCCCAGUUCGCCUACAUCGGACUUGAACUCAUCAGCUUCCUCCUGCUACUGACGGACUUGUUAUUCACGGAGAACCCCGGCUUUGGCCUCAAGUUGAGCGCCUUUGCCUCGGUUUCCUCUGUCUUGUCAGGGUGCUGCCUUCCUGUUUCCUCUGUAGGCCUUCUGGGGAUGGUGGGCCAUAUGAUGUAUUCCCAAGUCUUCCAGGCAACGGCCAACCUGGGUCCAGAAGACUGGAGGCCCCAUGCUUGGAAUUAUGGCUGGGCCUUCUACACGGCCUGGGUUUCCUUCACCUGCUGCAUGGCAUCGGCUGUCACCACCUUCAACACAUACACCAGGCUGGUGCUGGAGUUCAAGUGCAAGCACAGCAAGAGCUUCAAAGGAACCCCGAGCUGCCUGCCCCACCAUCACCAGUGUUUCCUGCAGCAGCUGGCAUGCACAGCCCCCCCGGGGGGCCCUCUGACCGGCUACCCCCAGUACCACCACCAGCCCAUCCGCUCUGUCUCUGAAGGAGUUGACUCCUACUCCGAGCUACAAGACAAGGGUUUUCAACAAGGGACUGGCCAGGGGCCUACGGCAGAGGCGGCCGGGUCCUCUGUAGAGGAGGAAGAGUGUUAGGAGCAGAGGGUCUGGAGAGCAGGCUGAGGCUGACCUUACAUGUUGCUUAUUAUCAACAGGUGCUUAAGCC